ACAGCACACUCGUCUGCUCGAAAUAUUCAAACAAAAUAAAAAAUACCAUCACGGAAAGCGUUAGGCCACACUAGUCCCUAGAAACAAAAAUUUAUAAUUUCGCAAAACCCUAUUUCGGUCCAAAAAUGGAAGUGGAAGAGAUCUCGGGAGACUACGUCAUUGUAGUCGGCGUUGUCCUGACACUGAUUGUGGGCAUCCUCUCCUAUGUCUGCGCUUAUGUUUUCGAUUUCAAAAGCAAGAAAGCCGAGCAGGUAGACUUGAAGAAGAACUUGGCACCCAGAGAGCUGCCUGCGCUGGGAACUAUAAAGUUAACCCUGGACCAACUCCUGGGGUAUGACGGGACUCGUAGCGACGGCAGGAUCCUGGUGGGUCUCAAGGGGAAAAUCUACGACGUGUCCAGCGACUUGCAGGAGUUCGGAUUGGGCGGAACACUCAGCCACGUGGCUGGGAGGGACUUUACCAACUACCUCAACCACAUAAUGCGGAGCAACCAGACGCAGACCAACUAUGUGGACCGCUGGGAGGCCAUUCUAGAGACCAACUACUCGUGUGUGGGAUUCAUAGUCGAUGAGCGUGGAAAGCCAUUAGUCGAAGGCACGAAAAUAAUGGAUGAUGAGGAUCAAGACGCUGCAGUUCCAGAAACCAACAUAGUGCCGAACGAGGUGUUGGAGACUGAACCCCUUCCCGCUGCUGAAGUGGACCAGAAAUCCCUAGAGAAUCCUAUGGUUGGAUUGGCAGCAGCGACCUCUGAAGCCUAG